GGGGAGAAGGCCAAUGCCCAGCGGACGAGUGGGCGCCGUUCUCCAGAAAAACGGCCGCGAUGGCGAUGGCCCAGGGUGCGGCCGCGAUGGCAGCGGCCUAGAAGGCCGAGAGUUCGCGCCCUCCCUCCGCCCAGCACUCGGGGCUGGUGCUACCUUGCCACCGCCUGACGUGUGGCGGUGCUUUAAUUGUGGGGGCCGCUUUCUAUUCAGUGAGUAAUCCCGCCCCGGCGGGCGGUAAUCGUAGGGGCGGAGCUACGUUGCCCCCCAGUCGGCGCGAAGGAUUCGCCUGCAUGCGCAGGCGGCCGAAAGGCAUACGCACCCCGGCCACAAAUGCGCCCGGCGCGAUACGUGGGGCCGCGCCCCGGGCAGAAUCAACGAAAGCGGCGCCGGCCGAGUACCUUAAGGGGCCCCCUCGCGGCCUUGGGCCGUGGCGCCCCGCGUUACUUAGACAGAGGCGGCGGCGCCGUCCUCAACCGAAAAGAAGGCCGCCGCGGCCCCCUUGCCCAGAUACCCCCGCCCGCACCGACCGGGGCGCGCAAGCUAGGGGGCAGUGGGCUAAAGGGCGGGGCCGCGAAGACCCCGCCCCACCCCGCAGCUUGCGAAGGUUUCCGGGAGAUGCCGAGCCUUCGCGGCCUGCCUGCCUCUAUAUUACGCCCGCCGGCCCCGGGGCGCGCAGUUUCUAGGGGCAGCGCCGCGCCUUCGGCGGGCUGGGGACCUUGCGCAGCUGCGCAGGAAUUUCGGCGGCUGACCUUGUGAAGCGGCUGCGGCCACCACAACCAACCAAAGCAGGCACGUAAGAGCAGUUUUUUGGCGCUAGUUUCGUCCUCUUCGUCUUCUUUUUCAGUUUGCGGAAACCGGUGCCAGACCAGCAAGAACGUGGGGCCGUCCUCAAAACUGGCCCGCCCGGCCACCAGCGACGAAACCGGGCCCCGCGCCGCGUGCCGCUGUUGGUGCUGGCGCGGGGGGCAGUGCUUCACCACUCCCGACCUACCGCGUGGAGCGGUCGCUGCCAAAGGCCCCGGGGAAUCCGUACAGGGCCGCCCGGGGCCGAGUGGCUGCGCGAUACGUACCGCCGCGGCUGCGAAGCCUGGCUGCCGCUUUGGCGCGCAGCCGCCCCAAGGAGGGCGCCACAGUUCCGACUGGAUAAAAAAACUCGGGCGCGGCGCGCAGGCCCUUAGGCCGCGCGUCCUCCUCUAGGGGCAAAGAGGCGGACGCCCUCGGGGCGUCGCCAUGCAGAAAAGAAGGCCCCGGGGCGGAG